UGGUUUACAUCUUCUUCAUCAUCUCCAUAAGUAGCUUCAUCUUUUUCUUUCUCUCUCUCUCUUCUCUUUCUCCUCCUCCUCUCUUUCCUUCGUCCACCGUUAGCUAUGGCUUCGGACACGUUGGACAAGCUGGUUGUGUUCUUGGCCAAGAGAGACGGAAUAGACAAGCUUGUGAAGACAUUCCAAUAUGUAGCCAAGCUCGGGUGCUGGCACGUUGAAGCCACACGACCCGAAGCUGCCGAUAGGUUCAAGAAGUGGGAGGUCGCCUCCGGUCUCAGCCGCAAAGCCUUCAGGACCGGGAGAUCUCUCACGGGGUUUAAUGCGCUGAGACGAAACCCCGGGGCAACCCCGACGAUCCGUCUCCUGGCAGUCCUAGCCAAUUCAGGAGAAAUGGUUUACUUCUUCUUCGAUCAUUUUCUUUGGUUAUCAAGAAUUGGUUCAUUAGACGCCAAGCUCGCCAAGAAAAUGAGUUUCAUCUCAGCUUUUGGCGAAUCUUUCGGCUACACUUUCUUCAUCAUCAUUGAUUGCAUCUUCAUAAGGCAGAGAAUCGAAUCCUUGAAAAGACUCCGGUAUUCGUCAGAUGAACCAAAAGAUGAAAUAAGCGCAAAAAUCAGCGAGAUUCGGGGCGAUAUAGUGAUGAGGUUGAUGGGGAUUUCUGCCAACAUUGCGGAUUUGAUUAUCGCAUUGGCGGAAAUUCAACCAAAUCCGUUCUGUAACCACACGCUUACACUCGGAAUAAGCGGUUUAGUUUCGGCUUGGGCCGGUUGGUAUAGGAAUUGGCCUACCUCGUGAGAUGUUAUAAAAUCCUAAUGAGGAAAUGUAUGUUGUUUCGAAUGAACAUAGCAAACGUGUAAAAGUUUCUUGAAAUAUAUGAAUACUUCUAUUUUUACA